AUGAAGGUGUCUUCCUUCGAGGAGCUGGACGCAAGCAUGCUUAGCUGGUACAAUGAAAGCCGAGCGGCAGGCAUACCGGUGACAAGCGCGAUGUGCAUCGAGCAGGCGAAAUUUCUUCACGAAAGGUUAGACAUGAAGCGUUCAUUCAGCGCAUCGUCCGGAUGGUUGACCCGGUUCAAGCAACGGUACGGCAUCGCGGGUGUGUACACACAUUCGAAAACGAAAGCCGGCAGCUCGUCCAGUGCCGACAAGUUCUGCUACCAGUUUCAGCAGGUCAUGCAAAACGAAGAAUGGCUACCGGACCAGAUCUACAAUGUCGAUGAGACGGGCCUGUACUGGAACUCUCUACCCUCCAAAACAGGAACGGACACAAAUGCAACGAACGAGCGCAUUACUAUACUAUGUUGCACGAAUGCUACCGGGACGCACAAGCUCGAUCUGACCAUCAUUGCAAAAUCCAAAUAUCCCUGGAACCCGAAAGAUGAAGAAUUUCCACAAACCGCCGUCAAUUACUACGAGGCGAAGGGUGGCUGGGCGAGCAAGGAGAUCUUUCAACACUGGUUCCAAUACAAAUGGAUUCCGGAAGUGAGGGCAUAUUUGACGAAUAAAAUUUUACCCCUACGAGCGAUGUUGCUGCUGGAUACCGCACCGUGUCAUAUUACCAACACUGCACUACGAUCGGAGGACGGUUGCAUGAUCGUACGGUUUAUGCCAACGGAUGUCGCUAACUGGGUGCAACCGAUGCAGCAAGGAAUUGUAUCACUGCUCAAGUGGAACUACCGGACAGAUCUGCUCAAAAAGUGCCAAAACGAUGAUAAGCACAUGAUGCACCGAAGGAUAGAGGAUGCUGUGAAAGAGCUGGAAGCAGGUUGGUCCAAAGUGAACUCACAGUCGAUCAAGAGCGCCUGGAAUAAACUGAUCCCGGAAACGGAACAGUACGUGGUGGAAAACGAGAUCAUACAGACGAAGCAGGAAGCUGGUUGGUCCAAAGAGAACCCACAGUCGAUCAAGAGCACCUGGAAUAAGCUGAUCCCGGAAACGGAACAGUACGUGGUGGAAAGCGAGAUCAUACAGACAGAGCGGGAAGCUGGUUGGUCCAAAGUGAACCCACAGUCGAUCAAGAGCGCCUGGAAUAAGCUGAUCCCGGAAACGGAACAGUACGUGGUGGAAAGCGAGAUCAUACAGACGAACGGGGAAGAAACGUGUGUCGUGAUGGUGGAUCAUCAAACGGGUGUGGUGAUGGACUUUGAGGAGGUCGAAGAAAUAGAUGGCGAGGAGCAAAUAGAAGAGUGUAUGCCCGAAGGGGACGAAAUCGAGGAAGAUAUCCAGGAAGAAACGGAAGAAGUCGAAGAAGAAAUACAGCAGGUCGGCGAAAUAGAGCAUGUCGAGGUGGAACAAUGGUUUAACUCGGACGAGGCGAUUAUUGUGAAGGAAGAAAAUAUGGUUGAGGUAGCGGUGGAAUUUUCCGAGCUCGGUGACAACCCCGAAAGUGGGGACAAUUCCGGCGACGAAUCUAAGGAUAAACGGCUCGAACUGCACACGGCACUGACAUCGGUCGAGACGCUGCUGGGUUUUGUUGAUCACCGAGGACUUACAAACGAUGAUAAGAGGGCGUUCAAAACAAUUCGAUCCGAUGUGAGAAAGUUGAUGAAAAGUUUAGAGUCGAAAAAAAACAAUCCUGAUAUUAUUCUAUCUUAA